UUUGCUGAAUUUCAAGUCUCUGGCUUAACCUGAGGACAGCCGCGCUAGUAUCAGCAAGCGUUUCAAACACAGGACGAGCGGAACGAGGAAGCGGGCGCGCGCACCGAGGAGUGCGCGCGGAUAUGCAGAUAUACAACGUGUCCGUUAAAGGAAAUGAACCAAAACAAGCGCACACUCAUGGUGUGGGGACGACGAGUUCAUCUAGCAGAUAAGAGAAGCCGAAUGGAUGUGAUCGGUGGAGGAGGAGCGUGGCGACGGGGACUUUAAAGGGCCCUUCGGGGAGGGGGACCGCGGACCGACACACAGCGCGGCCCGGGGAGACAUCGACACACAACCGCUAUAUUCCCUCACACGCCAUACACACCUGCACACGCGUGCAACGUUGUAAUAACGUUGCAGUUGCAGUGUGUUUGCUGCGGAUUAUCGAGAGCGCCCCCUUUGUGAGCGCGCCGCGCGGUCCCGGGGGGCGCGCGCCCCCGGGGUAUGUCCGGUACCCCCGCGCGGUUCACGUGGAACAGGCCGAGCCUGUGGACCGCUUCCAUUCACAGCGCAGCGCGCACCGCGCACACACACACACACACUGCGCACGCCGCGCGCGGACGUUACACGCACCGCACGGGCUGGCGAUGAGAGAGGCGGGGUGCGUCCCCGUGGUCUCGGGUGCGCGCGAACUGGACUGCGGUGCGGCUGCGUGAUCCUACGCCCCCCACCCCCCGCGAGGACGCUGACUCGCGUCCACCUCGAUUUCAGCUCCCGAGUUUCUGACACUGCGGUGUGGAGCUGCGCGCGGACCUGCGAUGUAGCGAUCGCCACUGUUGGAGUAACUUACACUGUUCCGCUGCUACACUGUUACACGCAGUCAGUGUCACACUGCUGCAGUGUCACCCGGCCGCCUUCUUACAUGAGCCGGGCUCCGGUGCUCUCACGCUGCUGCCGGGCUGUGGGCACCGCUGACCAUCGUCGAAGACAUGUCCCGGCUGGAGAAGACCGUGUCGGACCUGCGCUCCCGGGCCGAAGGGUACGAGAAGACGGAGGACACUGCACAGAAGACCUCUUUAGCUGACCAAGACGAUGCCAGGUUGAUAUUCAUCAAUCAGCCCCAGUUAACCAAGUUCUGCAGCAACCGUGUCAGCACAGCGAAGUACAAUGUCAUCACGUUCCUGCCACGCUUCCUCUACUCGCAGUUCCGAAGAGCGGCCAACGCGUUCUUCCUCUUCAUUGCACUCCUCCAGCAAAUCCCGGAUGUCUCUCCAACUGGACGCUGGACGACUCUGGUCCCACUUCUUUUCAUCCUGGUGGUGGCAGCAGUGAAGGAGAUCAUUGAGGAUCUGAAACGUCACAAUGCAGACAGCGUAGUGAAUAAGAAGGAAACACAAGUGCUGAGAAAUGGUGCGUGGGAGAUAGUCCACUGGGAGAAGGUAGUGGUGGGAGACAUAGUUAAAGUAAAUGGCAAAGAAUUCAUACCUGCGGAUGCAAUCCUACUGUCAUCGAGCGAGCCACAGGGUAUGAGCUACAUUGAAACAUCCAAUCUAGAUGGAGAGACCAACCUGAAAAUACGACAGGGCCUGCAGAUUACCUUGGAGAUUAAGGAUGCAGAGAGCCUGAUGGGACUGUCAGGGCGCAUGGAGUGUGAGAGCCCCAACCGCCACCUGUAUGACUUUGUGGGGAACAUCCGUCUAGAUGGCCACGGUGCGGUUCCCCUGGGCCCGGACCAGAUCCUGCUGAGAGGGGCUCAGCUGAGGAACACACAGUGGAUCCACGGCAUUGUGGUGUACACGGGACAUGACACCAAGCUCAUGCAGAACUCUACCCGGCCACCUUUAAAGCUUUCCAAUGUAGAGCGAAUCACAAACAUCCAGAUCCUGGUCCUCUUUGGCUGUCUUCUCGGCAUCUCUCUGGUGUGCUCCAUUGGACAGACCAUCUGGAAGAACCGGCAUGGCGAUUCCGCCUGGUACAUGGACCUUAACUCUCCAGACGGUGGUGCAGCUAACUUUGGCCUCAAUUUCCUGACCUUCAUUAUCCUUUUCAACAACCUCAUUCCCAUCAGCCUGCUGGUGACCCUGGAGGUCAUCAAGUUUGUCCAGGCCUUCUUCAUCAACUGGGACGUUGACAUGCAUUAUGAGGUCACCAAUACACCAGCCAUGGCUCGUACCUCCAAUCUGAAUGAAGAGCUGGGACAGGUGAAGUACAUCUUCUCAGACAAGACAGGCACCCUGACCUGCAACGUGAUGCAGUUCAAGAAGUGCACCAUCGCAGGCGUGGCCUACGGUCGCGUUCCAGAAUCAGAGGAUUACGGUGAUCCAGAGGAUGGCUGGCACAGCACACACCCUCCAGAAGAGGCUGGCUUCAAUGACCCCAGCUUGCUGGAAAAUCUCCAAAACAACCACCCUACAGCACCCAUCAUUCUUGAGUUCAUGACCAUGAUGGCCUUGUGCCACACUGCCGUGCCGGAGCAUACUGACGGUCAGAUCAUCUACCAGGCAGCCUCUCCAGAUGAAGGGGCACUUGUAAGAGGAGCCAAAAACCUGGGCUUCGUGUUCUCCGGCCGGACCCCUGACUCAGUCAUCAUUGAGGCGCUCGGUGUGGAGGAGAAGUAUGAGCUGCUCAAUGUGCUCGAGUUUACAAGCUCCAGGAAAAGGAUGUCUGUCAUCAUGCGCACUCCAUCUGGGAGAAUCAGGCUGUACUGCAAAGGAGCUGACUCGGUCAUCUAUGAGCGGUUGGCUGACAGUUCGCGGUACAAGGACAUCACACUGAAGCACCUGGAGCAGUUUGCCACGGAGGGCCUUCGCACGCUGUGCUAUGCCGUGACUGACAUCUCGGAGGCCUCUUACAACGAGUGGCUGAAGACCCACAGGCGAGCUGCCACCGCCAUCCAGAACCGCAGCCUGAAGCUGGAGGAGAGUUAUGAGCUCAUCGAGAAGAACCUGCAGCUGCUGGGUGCCACAGCCAUCGAGGAUAAGCUGCAGGACAAGGUCCCCGAGACCAUCGAGAUGCUCAUGAAGGCCGACAUCAAGAUCUGGAUCUUGACCGGAGACAAGCAGGAGACGGCUAUCAACAUCGGUCACUCCUGUAAGCUUCUCACGAAGAACAUGGGUCUGCUAGUCAUCAACGAGGCCACGCUGGACGACACACGGGAGUCUCUGAGUCGCCACUGCAGGAUGUUGGGAAACGUCCUGCACAAGGAGAACGAUUUUGCCCUCAUCAUUGAUGGCAAGACGCUCAAGUACGCGCUGGCCUUCGGUGCUCGCCACUACUUCCUGGACCUGGCGUUGACUUGCAAGGCUGUAAUCUGCUGCAGGGUGUCCCCAAUGCAGAAGUCAGAAGUGGUGGACUUGGUGAAGAAGCAGGUACAGGUGAUCACACUGGCCAUCGGUGAUGGUGCCAAUGAUGUAGGCAUGAUCCAGACCGCACAUGUGGGCGUUGGUAUCUCUGGCAAUGAGGGCCUGCAGGCUGCCAACUCUUCCGACUAUUCCAUCGCUCAGUUCAAGUACUUGAAGAAUCUCCUGCUCGUCCACGGAGCAUGGAACUACAACCGGGUGGCUAAGUGCAUCCUGUACUGCUUCUACAAGAACAUUGUCCUGUAUAUCAUUGAGAUCUGGUUUGCCUUCGUGAACGGUUUCUCGGGGCAGAUCCUGUUUGAGCGCUGGUGCAUCGGCCUCUACAACGUGAUCUUCACAGCGCUACCUCCUCUCACCCUGGGGAUAUUUGAACGUUCCUGCAGGAAGGAAAACAUGCUCAAGUACCCUGAGCUCUACAAGACAUCCCAGAAUGCACUGGGCUUCAACACAAAGGUUUUCUGGGCCUAUUGUCUGAACGGCCUCUUCCACUCCAUCAUCCUCUUCUGGUUCCCCCUCAAGGCCUUCCAGCAUGAUACGGUCUUUGGAAACGGAAAGACACCAGACUAUCUCCUCCUUGGGAACAUGGUUUAUACAUUUGUGGUGAUCACCGUGUGCCUCAAAGCUGGGCUGGAGACAUCAUCCUGGACCAUGUUCAGCCACAUCGCCAUUUGGGGCAGCAUUCUUUUGUGGGUGGUGUUCUUCUGGAUCUACUCUUCACUGUGGCCCCUCAUACCCCUAGCUCCGGACAUGUUAGGAGAGGCAUACAUGAUGUUCAGGUCGGGCGUGUUCUGGAUGGGCCUCUUCUUCAUCCCCGUCACAUCUCUGAUCUUCGAUGUGGCCUACAAAGUAAUGAAGAGAGUUUGCUUCAAGACCUUGGUGGAUGAAGUUCAGGAGCUGGAGGCCAUGUCGCAGGACCCUGGAGCAGUGGUUCAUGGGAAGAGCUUGACCGAGAGAGCCCAGCUGCUGAAGAACGUGUUCAAGAAGAACACAACCGUGAUAUACCGCUCGGACUCCAUGCAACAGAACCUGCUCCAUGGCUAUGCUUUCUCCCAAGAUGAGAACGGCAUAGUUUCUCAGUCGGAGGUGAUCCGGGCCUACGACACUACCAAGCAGCGAGCAGAUGAGUGGUGAAGCCCCACCUCCUUGGGGAUGCCCCACCUUCUGGCAAGAGGCAUAAUCUCAGUACCAGUCAGCAACAGCUGACAGGACUUUAAUCCUGGAGUUUACAGAUGUGGGGGUGGAGGUGAAAAUAAGGAAAACUGAUUCCCCCCCCAUGUGUUCUCACGAGUAGUGACACGGAGGCUGCGCUUGCAACCUGAAAGUGUGUGGUCAGUGGUGAUUGACAGUCCUCAAUCAGUAAAACAACUUAACCUCCUGCCAAACUUUGGUCCCACUGUGGGCAAACUGGGAUCAGGCUUGGAAAGAUCCAGAAGAGCUCCUCAUAUAUCAGAAACACAAUGGAAUUUGCGUGCCAUGAAUAAUUCUGAAGGAAAUAAAUAUGAACAUGUGGCACAAGAAUUCGUGUAAUUGUAAAGAGGUUUCGAAAGCAAUGCAUGUGGACUGAAAUUUGUUUGGCCAACCUUGCAAGAGUAUUGAUUGCCAAAGAGAAAAAAAAAAUUGAUCUGCUUUUAAUUGUACUAUUACUGUUAUUAUUGUUAUUAUUUUCCAUUUUAGUCCUUGAUUGUUGAAUGCAGUUUUACUCUGUAAUCUUAUGACAGUUAAAAUUAUAGUCAUUUACACCCUGGAGCAUAAAAUGAAUCUCUUCAAACCAGAUGUCUUGGUAACAUUUAAGUUUGUGAUUUAUGUUUGCACAGUGUUGUUUACUAUAUUAUGAUGCCUUAUACGUGCAGUUCUUCUGGCCUUUGGUUGUAAUUAUCAUUAUUUUUUUAAAUUAUAAAAUAGGUUGUCGUCGUGCCUUUUUAUCUUCCUUUUAUAAAAUUUAAACACGUAAUGAAGUAGCAUUUUUAAAUUUCUACCAUUUUGUACUUUUGGAGCGCUGUUAACAAUGGACUGUGUUGCGCAUGUUGCUCUGGUCGCAGUGACCCCAUCCGUGCCUGACCAAAUGUUUUGGAGAAGGGAUGCUACUGGCACUACCUUGUGUGUACGUGUGUGAUGUGGAUGUUGUGAGUGAUGAGGUUUUGAAUUCAUUCUCGUGAAGACAGUGCAGUGAGUGUCACAGUUUAUUAUUCCUCAAAAUGUAGGUGUUAUUUCCCCGUGGAAACAAAAUAUUAGGCCACAUAAAUGAAUUGCAAUUAGA